GAUAAAUCACCUCAUCAACUUCGGACCACAAAACUCAUUAUUAUUCCACCUACUUCUUUCUCUGUUUCAUCAUGUCUUUCAAGGAAGAACCACGAUCACCAUUGCAACCGCCUACAUAUGGAAACCUAAUCACAAUUCUCAGUAUAGAUGGAGGUGGAGUACGAGGCAUCAUUCCAAGUGUCAUCCUUGAAUUUUUGGAAACCGAACUACAGAAAUUAGAUGCUAAGGAUGUUAAAGAUUUUUAUAUUCAACAUUGUCCUAAAAUCUUUCCACAUGAUAGCAAGCACCAUCGGUUUGCUGCUGCUACAAAAGUGGUCAAAGCUCUAUCGGGACCAAAAUAUGAUGGUGAACACUUACAUAAAGUUAUUCGAGAAACACUAAAAGAAAAACAACUUCAUGAAACGUUAACAAACGUUGUGAUUCCAACGUUUGACAUCAAAUAUUUGCAGCCUAUGAUCUUCUCCAGCUACCAGAUACAAAAGAACCCAAGUCUUGAUGCCACGUUAUCCGAUAUAUGCAUUGGAACAUCAGCUGCCCCAACUUAUCUUCCUUCACAUUCAUUCCAAACAAAAAAUUCUGAAGGAAAAUUUCUUAAAGAAUUCAAUCUUAUCGAUGGUGCAAUAACAGCCAACAAUCCGACUUUGGUUGCCAUAAGCGAAGUAACAAAUGAAAUAACUAGUGGUAGUGCAAACUUUUUCCCAAUAAAGCCAACAGAAUACGGACGAUUUCUAGUAUUGUCAUUGGGAACAGGGUCACCACAAUUUCAAGAAAAGUACGAUGCAACAAAGUCAUCUAGUUGGGGAAUUUUGGGGUGGUUAGCCGGUGGUGGCUCAACUCCAUUGGUGGAUGUAUUUACUCAAGCGAGUGGCGAUAUGGUUGAUUAUCAUAUCUCCACUGUCUUCAAAGCCCUUCAUUCACAAGAAAAUUAUCUUCGUAUUCAGGAUGACACUUUAAGUGGGGACUUAACUUCCAUGGAUUUGGCAACACAUGAGAACUUAGAGAAUCUUGUGAAAGUGGGACAAGAGUUGUUGAAAAAACAAGUGACGAAAGUGAACUUUGGCACGGGCAUAUCUGAGCCUUACCAUCAUACCACCAAUGAGAUGGCUUUAAUAAAGUUUGCGAAAAUACUCCACCAGGAGAAGAAUAUACAAAAGAACCCAAGUCUUGAUGCCACGUUAUCCGAUAUAUGCAUUGGAACAUCAGCUGCCCCAACUUAUCUUCCUUCACAUUCAUUCCAAACAAAAAAUUCUGAAGGAAAAUUUCUUAAAGAAUUCAAUCUUAUCGAUGGUGCAAUAACAGCCAACAAUCCGACUUUGGUUGCCAUAAGCGAAGUAACAAAUGAAAUAACUAGUGGUAGUGCAAACUUUUUCCCAAUAAAGCCAACAGAAUACGGACGAUUUCUAGUAUUGUCAUUGGGAACAGGGUCACCACAAUUUCAAGAAAAGUACGAUGCAACAAAGUCAUCUAGUUGGGGAAUUUUGGGGUGGUUAGCCGGUGGUGGCUCAACUCCAUUGGUGGAUGUAUUUACUCAAGCGAGUGGCGAUAUGGUUGAUUAUCAUAUCUCCACUGUCUUCAAAGCCCUUCAUUCACAAGAAAAUUAUCUUCGUAUUCAGGAUGACACUUUAAGUGGGGACUUAACUUCCAUGGAUUUGGCAACACAUGAGAACUUAGAGAAUCUUGUGAAAGUGGGACAAGAGUUGUUGAAAAAACAAGUGACGAAAGUGAACUUUGGCACGGGCAUAUCUGAGCCUUACCAUCAUACCACCAAUGAGAUGGCUUUAAUAAAGUUUGCGAAAAUACUCCACCAGGAGAAGAAUGUAAGAGAACUUAGAUCACCAAGUACUAAUAGAGGAAGAAUUACACGAGAAGAGUCGAUGAAAGAACAAACUACACUUUCACAAAGAACGCCAGCACUCUCAAAUGCAAUUCAUCACUCUCUUCCAGAUUUAUAUAAGCUCAACCCAAACUAAGAUUUUCUUUCUUGUAUAUGGAUAAUUUAUUAGCUUUAUUCUAAUUUAAUUUUGAAGUUAUGUUGUUUGGUUGAAAACUUAAUUAAUCGACGUAAGUGUAUUGUUUCUUCAUACUCUCUGUU